GCAGUUGUAAUUUCUGUCAAAUCAGUAAAUCAUUUGAAAAACAGAAAUCUUCAUUGGAUGCAUGAGAGUACAGAACUCGUCGAAGCGGUAUCGCAACGCAAAAGGUGUAAUCGCGUGGAAUCACGUUAAAAUUCCUUGCACGUGAUCAGGAAUAUGGCAGCUAAGAUGAAUCAUUUCGAUCCACCGAGUUCAGCGAGUUCCGAGAGCGAUGACGGGGAAGUUUGCUUUGACGACCGAGAAAUCUUUCUCGACGAGAUGUGUGAAGAUGCUGAACACAUCAGACGUUCAGACAUAGGGACACCUACUCCGCAAUCUCCUCGGCCACCUUCCACGGGUUCUCAGAGAUCACCAAGAUCGCGAAGACAACGUACUACCAGUUUGUCACAGUCUAAUAAAAAGACUGCUUCAGAAUCCAUCCUUAGAAGUAAAACUAGAACGAUAUACACGGCUGGUAGACCACCAUGGUAUAAUUCGGCAGGACAGCAAGUAGAACCUUUUAUAAUAGGUAUUUGUGGAGGCAGUGCAUCUGGCAAAACCACAGUCGCGACAAAAAUUAUAGAAUCCUUAGAUGUACCAUGGGUAACGCUUCUAAGUAUGGAUUCAUUUUACAAAGUGCUGAACGAAAAACAACACGAAAUGGCUGCUUAUAACGAAUACAACUUUGAUCAUCCCGACGCUUUUGACUUUGAGCUUCUUAAAAGUACACUACAACGUUUGAAAGAGGGCAGAAUGGUGGAAGUUCCUAUUUAUAAUUUUGUAACGCAUAGCAGAGAAAGUAGAACCAAAACAAUGUAUGGUGCCAAUGUCAUUAUAUUUGAGGGAAUAUUGACUUUCUACAAUGUCGACGUUUUAAAGAUGUGCGACAUGAAGGUAUUUGUCGACACUGACGCUGAUGUGAGGCUUGCGCGUCGAUUACGUAGAGAUAUAUCUCAAAGAGGGAGGGACUUGGAAGGUGUUUUAAAGCAGUACAGUACCAUGGUGCAACCCGCUUUUUACUAUUAUAUAGCGCCAUUAAUGGUUCACGCGGACAUUAUUGUGCCACGUGGUGGAGAAAAUGAAGUUGCGAUUGAGCUUAUUGUACAGCAUGUACAUACACAACUGCAGUUGAGGGGUUUCAAACUAAGAGAAAAAUUAGCUCAUUCGUAUAUUGGUCAGCCAUUGCCAUCUUCUCUCUACCUGCUUCCAGAUACGCCACAAGUUAAGGGUCUACACACAUUUAUAAGGAAUAAAGAAACGUACAGAGACGAAUUUAUAUUCUACUCCAAACGUUUAAUACGUUUAGUUAUCGAAUAUGCGUUAUCUCUUUUACCUUUUGAAGACGUGACUGUAGAAACGCCUCAAGGUGUGUUUUAUCAAGGAAAGCGUGGUGCUACAGAUAAAAUAUGUGGUGUUUCUAUUUUGCGUGCUGGCGAAACCAUGGAACAAGCUGUUAGGGAUGUGUGCAAGGAUAUAAGAAUAGGAAAGAUUCUUAUACAAACGAACCAACAGACUGGAGAACCAGAGCUUUACUACCUUCGAUUACCAAAGGACAUUAGAGACUAUAAAGUGAUACUGAUGGAUGCGACAGUAGCAACAGGUGCAGCUGCCAUCAUGGCUAUCAGAGUUUUACUGGACCAUGACGUUGCCGAGGAGAACGUGCUACUCGUAUCUUUACUCAUGGCUGAGUCUGGUGUACACUCUAUCGCUUACGCGUUUCCACGUGUGAAAAUUGUGACGUCCGCCUUAGAUCCUGUGAUAAACGAGAAGUUCUACGUGUUACCAGGCAUCGGUAACUUCGGAGAUCGAUACUUCGGAACCGAACCAUCUACGAUUGAGAACUGACGUAAGCGAAGAAGAUUUCAGUCUCAAAUUUACAUAAUUAUUUAAUCUGUUAUUCCAAUUCAAAUACAGUCGUCUCUUAUAUCUUUAAUAGAAUUUAUGUUACACUCGUGAA